UCUGGUCCAGAUCAACUCUUCAGCUCCGUUCCACACACACAUACACACACAUUGUAUACACUCGGGCGAGAAGCUUGUAGCAUCGAUCGUGGCUCCUUUAAGAAAAAAACUAAGACAGAAAUAUCACUCCACCUCCUCUUGAUCUCAUUUAGAGGCUAAUGCAUAAAAAAAAUCGCCCAGGAGCCGAGACUGAUCAAAGAAACAAGAGCUUGAUUUUUUUUGUGUGCAUUUGACUAUUAACAUUUUAAGGCGCCCCGACCAGUGGAAGCGCACGGCGGAUCAUCAUUCAUUCAGUAGCCUACUUUGACAACCUCGCUUUUGAUUGACAGCUGGAGUGGCAAAAAGCCAUGAGACCUACUAGUUUUGUUUGAGGGUCAUUUUCAUACUGGUUUGGAAAAGAAGAUUCUCCUCUCCCAGUCGCUGUCCAGGGGAAAGCGAGGGAGCUAUUUGCUGCGCUGUAGCCGAACUUGAGCCGAAGAGGUCUGGCUUGAUCCUCCUCUUGAAGGAAACCUAAGGAUUUUUAAAAUCUCGCAUUUGGAAUUUGACUCUUUAUUUCGCUUCACCCUGGCCUCAUAGGGGAUAUAUUUUAGGUUCAAGGAAGACGAGGGAGUAAGUCAGGCCGAUGGCGCAAAGGUACGAAGAUAUACCCCAUUAUGGCAUGGAAGGAGUAGGAAUCCCAACAACGAUGUAUGGGGACCCUCACGCGGCCAGAUCCAUGCAGGCAGUGCACCUGAAUCACGGUCCCCUUCACUCGCACCAGUACCCGCACACAGCUCAUACCAACACCAUGCCACCUAGCAUGGGCUCCUCCGUCAACGAUGCUCUUAAAAGAGAUAAAGAUUCCAUUUACGGGCACCCCCUCUUCCCUCUUCUAGCUCUGAUUUUUGAGAAAUGUGAAUUAGCAACUUGCACACCCAGAGAACCCGGGGUUGCGGGAGGCGAUGUGUGUUCCUCUGAGUCUUUCAACGAAGAUAUAGCAGUGUUUGCCAAACAGAUUCGGGCAGAAAAACCUUUAUUUUCUUCAAAUCCAGAGCUCGAUAAUCUGAUGAUACAAGCAAUUCAAGUAUUAAGAUUUCAUCUGCUGGAGCUGGAGAAGGUACACGAACUUUGUGACAAUUUCUGUCAUCGGUACAUCAGCUGUUUAAAGGGGAAAAUGCCCAUCGACUUGGUUAUUGAUGACAGAGAAGGCGGAUCAAAAUCAGACAGCGAAGAAAUCACAAGAUCGUCGGGGAAUCUUGAUCAGACCUCGUGGAACAGAGAUCACGACGACACGGCCUCCACGCGCUCCGGGGGAACGCCGGGGCCCUCCAGCGGGGGCCACACGUCACACAGCGGGGACAACAGCAGCGAGCAAGGGGACGGUCUGGACAACAGCGUGGCCUCUCCGAGCACGGGGGACGACGACGACCCCGACAAGGAGAAGAAGCGCAACAAGAAGCGCGGCAUCUUCCCCAAAGUGGCCACCAAUAUCAUGCGGGCGUGGCUCUUCCAGCACCUCACGCAUCCUUACCCAUCAGAAGAACAGAAGAAGCAGCUUGCUCAAGAUACCGGACUUACUAUACUACAAGUGAAUAACUGGUUCAUUAACGCAAGACGGAGAAUAGUACAGCCCAUGAUAGACCAGUCCAAUCGAGCAGUAAGUCAAGGCACACCCUACAACCCAGAUGGCCAGCCAAUGGGAGGGUUUGUCAUGGACGGCCAACAGCACAUGGGAAUUAGACCACCUGGACUGCAGGGCAUGCCAGGGGACUACCUGUCUCACGGUGGCCCGAUGGCCAUGGCUAUGGGGCAGCCCGGCUACGGCCCGGCUCCGAUGCACCCCCACCCGGCCCAGCUGCGGCACGGGCCCCCCAUGCGCGCCUACAUCCCCGGGCACCCUCACCACCCAGCGAUGCUGAUGCACGGAGGACCGGCCCACCCUGCCAUGCCCAUCUCAGCCUCCAGCCCCCCUGUGCUGAGCCCAGGAGACCCCUCCGCGGGCGGACAGGCCGUGGACGUCCACGCCCAGUAGUUUUUUUAAAAAAGGAUUCAUUUGUGUAUUAUCAAUCAGAGACGCUGUAGACGAGAAACAUGUCGGUCUUUCCUCCGGUGCUGUCGGACAUGUACCCACUUCACCCAGAGACCCAGGAGCUUGAUUCUGGGGGACGGAUUUGGACCAAGGCAAUGCCCUGGGACACUUUAACAAAGCAAGUGCCCUGUAAUCAACAUUGAAAUGAGAGAGAGAGAGAGUGUGUGUGUGUGUUUGUGUGAGAAAGAGAGACAGAGAGAAAGAAAGAGAGACUAUAUCAACUCCUGGGGGUGGGGGAAGAGUGAGAGAGAAAGAGGAAGAUAUGCUGUAUACUGUUGUAAAAUUAAGUUGGACUUAAUUCUUGUAAAUGCUAUCGUAUUGUUCUGCAUAUUAUGUUGUUUCUAAUAGAUUUUUUUUUUAAAAAGGAUGUGAAUUUUUUUCUUUCCACACUAUGUGUGUGCCAUUUAUGUAGACUUUGACCUCCUUCCCGGACCAUCUUACUUAAACAAAAAUGAAAAGAUUGAACUAACCAGUCAUUCGUCCAUCCAGUUGAUAAGCCUUACUUUUCCUCUGUAUAAAAAUACAUUCAAAAAGUUAAAAAAAAAACAACAAAAACAAAACAAAGGGAAAAAAAUAAAAGGGCUUGUGUGCGAUUUUAGGGCAUUAGACAAUUGUGUCUGGUGAAAAAACCAAGCUGCCCCAGGAUUUCGUUGGGUAGUUGGUCUCCGUACCCUGAGACUUGCUUCUUGUAUCCCUCAUUUAUUUCCUGUCCAUAUCUCGAUUGGCCUUGCCUGAUGAGCAGUGGGAGGGUUGGAAAAGGCUGCAGCCACCCACGCUGAUUGCGCAGCUGCUCCUAUAGGAAGCAAUUUAGGAACCCAAAGGUGUGUGUGUACUUCCAAGUAUCAUGUCAGUGCAUCUGUCUUGCACAAAAAUGACAACGUUGCAAUGUGGGCUGUUAGCCCUCGAAAAUAACCAAGACCUAGAUUCAAUCUAACAGGCAGUGUGAUUUGUCCUUAUCUUCAACCCAUUUAAGCAACAACCUGCAGUUGUUUCAUUUCUUGCACAUUUUAAAGAAGUGAAACAGCCACUGUAGCCAUAAGGCUGUACAGGAAGCAAUACAGCAAAGGUUUUACAGAAUACAGAAUUUAUUACUGAAGUUUGAGGAUAACGCAGUCACAGUGCGGUGCACGUUAAGCCUGGGCCUAAAUUAACAGACUCCUAUUUUUGUUGUACACCAGUCAAGAGUCAACAGUCUUUUCCAUGGUAACAUCUUGGGAGAGUUUAUGUAUACAUUGUAAAUAAAUAAAUUUUGUGGAAAGAAAGGACUGAAAAAAAAACACAAUCUGUAAUUUUGUUUUUAAACUA